AUGAAGCCAAGUCGUAAUAUUUAUGACAGUAAUAUGGAUAGUAUUGAUGGUGUUGAUGAUGAUGACGAUUAUGGUGAUAAUGAUGGUAAUAAUAAUGAUGAUGGUGAUGAUAAUGCUCAUUAUUCAAUCAUUUCAUAUCAACAAUUGUUGUUAUUUAAUUUGAAAGCAAAAAAUUUUUCAUUCAGCAUAUGCACUGUUGAAAUGAAAAUAUAA